GUACAACUGGUGGUGGUGGUAUGGUAAUGGUGUAAGGUGCCACCACCAGUCUUCUCUCGAUAUAUAACCACCUCGCUCUAUCUCACACGCAUAUAAGCCAGUUGUGACCAUUUGUUAUGUGUUUUUUAAGCGACCGCUGGAAGGGGUGUGGGUUGUGACACUGGCGUCAAUGGAAUCCAAAAAAGAGGGUGGCCGCGGUGGCGGUUCAAUUUCAGGCUCUAGCCCACCACCAACUCAAUAUACAACACACAGUUGAAUCUGGUAAAGCAGAGAGUCAAAACGACGAGAUUUUCAAGGAGAACUUUUUCCAUCUCAUACUCAUUUUUUAAAAGAGAAGACCGGUGUGGCCGGUCGUGCAGUGCAGUGCCGUUUUCCAUGAUGGGCUUUUUCGAGAGGGUGCACAUACAGUACAAUAGCCGUUAGAUGUGAGAGAGAGUUGUGUGAAUAAGUUGAACCCAGAGCGCCUUCCUGUGUGCCUUUCCGUUCCGUUCGUUCGCUCGUCGUCGUCAUUUGUGUGUUAUCGUCGUCGUCGUCUCCAUUCCGCCGCCGCUAUAACACCACCACCCGCUAUUAUACCAUACCACCGUUAUAGUUAUCUCGUGCAUGGAAAACUCUGUGAAACUGAAGAAGAGCGCGCAGCAGAGUGACAGAGGACACAAGUGGAAGAGUGGUUGACUGGCGACUGCGACUGUGGUGUCUUCGUCGUCGUCAUCGUCAUCGUUGUGUGGUGCUUCUAUAGUAGUACUACCGGAGUAGUGUAUUGUUCAAAUCGGCCAUACGCGAAAUAUUUAGAUGCAUACGGGCUGUCGCGUUGUGAGGACGUGUUUUUCGCCGAUGUUCCGGAGUGAAUUUUUUAACCUGCUAUAAAUAAUUGAUAAAAUCCUGUUUACACAUACCUGCAAAUAAUAAUAAACAACAACACAUACACAUAUAAAAGAACAUAUAUUAUUCGACACAAAUACACUCAUAUGCAUGGAUACUAUAAACUACACACAUGUGGAUAAUAUAUAGAGCAUUUUGUUGUAAUUAUCUGUGCGAUGCGGUUAUCGCCAGCGCCACUUCUUCUUCUUCGCGCUAAGUGGGAGAGAACAAUCGACGGAUAAUAAUAAUUGAACGAACUUGCUUGGUCGUCGUUGUUGUCGUCUUCAUCGUCAACGACAUCGAGACUUCGACAUCAACAUCGACAACGAGAAAUAUCGCGGUAGCACCGGAUUAGUGUUAUUUUGUGACAUCACACGCACUUCAAGAGUCGUCGGACAUUGUUGUCGUUUCGAGAAAGAAAAUGUCAAACAAAAGGACAUUAUACAUUAAAAUAAAUUAAAUUUAUAAAAAAAAAAUAAACAAAAAUUCGUCUUUUUUGUCAAUUUCGUUUGUUUGUUUUUUUCGAAAUAAUUUUUGAACAAUUUCUCGAUUUUUUCCUGCUGUACAGGUGAAUGCGUCUUUUGUGUUAUCAUUCACCUUUUUUGUGAUUUUUUUUGUUCAAUUUUAACAAAAACUACCUUACCUUACCUAUCUACGUGCAAUUUUCGUAAUUUUACAUUUCUUUGAAAUAAAAUCUGUGAAUUAUAAAACAAAUAGAAAAAAGCGACUUUUUUGUCGCUUUACUAAAUGGGAUAAUUAAUUUUACGUAUUUCUCUUGAUCCACAAACAAUUCCAAUUGGAUUUGGCUAUCUAUCGAUGAUGAUAGUGAUAAAAAAUAUGAAUUAGUGAUGUGCAAUUUUGUUAUCAAACAAAAAAAAAAGAUCCACACAAUUUUUUAGUGGACAAUAUUGGUUCCUAUAAAAAAAAUUAUUUAUAAUGAUAAGGUGUAUUAUUAAUAGUAUUAGUAAACAAUACUAUUAAAAAAAAGAUAUUGAUGAAAAAUAAUAAUAAAGCCUGACAUGUCUCAAAGAAAAUAUUGUACAAUAUCGUAAAAAGUGAACGAUAAAGUUGUGUUAUCGAUAAAAAAAAAUUAGUGUAAAACAUCUUUAUAAGGAUAUAUCUCGAAGUAACAACGAAUCCAUUACAAAAACAAAUCUACAAUCCUGGAGAGGAUCAAUUGAUUUAUAAUUUGGAAAAAAUCCACCCCUUUUGUCCGAGAGAUAUACCGGAACAAUGAGAAUCAAAAUGCCUGCAGUUCGGAUUGCACAAGCAGAUUCGGAAUCUUCUGAUGCGGACCCAGCUGCACAGGAUAUUUUGACCUGCGGAUCGUGUCAGAAAGCUUUUGCACUUUCUGAUAUUGUCCGAUUUAUACAACACAAAGUAUUACAAUGCAAUAAGGAAAACUAUGGUCAAUGUCUCACACAAGGUCCUGCAAGUGAUAGAGACGCCGACGAUGGUCGACCUCUUAGUCUAGUUAAUCGCAGACCAUCCAUAUCAGCUCCAAUAACAAAUCGAAAACCAUCCGGAACCCGAAUACAUACACCGCCACCUAGUCCAGCUGAUUUGUUAGCCGAUGGAGCAUCAAGUACACCUAAACGUCUUGUUGAUGAAAAUGAUAAUACAACACCUAAAGUUGAUAAUUCAUCAACAAAUCGAACUGAAAGUCCGCGCAUUGAGGAACAAACAGAAAAGUCCACCUCCAACAAUGAUACGGAUAAUGAUAGACCUAAUAGCGUGCACAUCAAAGAGGAACAAAACGAAUGUGGUUUGAAUCAAGAUGAAGAUGAUAGUCACAUAGCUUCUGCGUUGUCUAAUAAUGAUGGUCAGCCGCCUAGCAAAAAACCAAAAAUCGAAGUUGCCGACGCCGAAUCGAACACUUUGAAUAGUGAACCCAGUAACUACACAUGUUCCACCUGCAAAACACGCUACAAUUCAGCGUGGCGACUAAUUCAGCAUGUUCAGCACUCGCACGGUGUCAAAAUCUAUGUAGAAUUUUCAUCAUCAUCAACAACAUCGUCGGCAUCAUCGUCGGCAUCAUCAUCGCUAUCAACGUCCACAUCGCUUCUGUCCUCAUCAGCGGCAAGCUUGUCGCUAGGUCAUUCAGCACAAAAAAUGCUGAGUAAUGCAGUUGCCAAUAGUACAAUCAAUAAUAAUACCAGUUGCGCCAGUUCGCAUUGUUCAUCAACAUCGCCGGUUAGCCAAAGUAAGAGUUUGUGUGAGCCACAGAACCACCUACUGCAACAACAACAGCAGCAACAUCAACAACAACAACAGCAAGCACAACAGGCCCAACAAGUACAUCAGCAACAGCAACAAGCAGCUCAACAACAACAGCAAAACAGUCUUACCACAGCUAUGCAAAAUGCACAAAAUUUAGCAGCAGCAGCUGCCGCUGGUAUGAGACAUCAUCCACUCCUUCCACCACCCGAUAUGCAUGCAAAUCCUUUCAAUCUUUUGCGAAUGCCUCUACCGCCACUAGCACAAGGUCCAGUAGUUCCUCCGGUUGCUCCGCUAUUUUCGCGACCGCAUGCGGCCGAUCACUACCGCAUGGAGCAAUUAGUAUCCGAACAAUUCCGCCAUCAUGGCCUUAAUUUGGCAGCUGCAGCUGUAGCAGCGGCAAAUCAACUGGCAGCACCACAUUCAAGCCAGCCCUUCAAUUCCACCGCUGUAAAUCAUUCGGCUAGUAAUAAGGAUCGUCCACCAUCGUCAUCGAGCAGUCACGGUUCCAUACCGCCAAUGCAACAGACACGUCUCAAUAAUACCCGUGCGCCAAGCAGUCAUCAACUUGAACCACAGAUGGAUUUUUACUCGCAGCGAUUGCGUCAGCUUGCAGGAACAACGAGUCCUGGAGCUGGAAAUACUGGUAACUCGAACUCGCCGAGUCCCCGGCAAAAGCAAUCGCCUUCGAAUUUUGCGAGCCCAUCUCCCUCCCAGCUACCUCCGACACCGGUCACAAGUAAUUCCCGUCCGCAAAGUCUAACACCGCCAGAGAAAAUCGGUGGUGGUACGAGUCUUGGUGAAGGUGAUAACGGUACAACCCAUCUUACAACAACACCCAGGUCGGCAUCUACCCCACCAUCGAAACCUAGCCAGGAUAGUAGUGCAGCGAUCUACUCGUGUGACUUCUGUGAAAAGAAUUUCCGAUUCGAAAACAAUCUUAUCAUCCACCGACGCAUUCACACUGGUGAAAAACCCUACAAGUGUGUUCAGUGUGAGUUUGAAUGCUGUCACAUCAAUAAGCUGAAGAAACACAUGAAAGUUCAUGUGAAACCGGAAGAUGGCGCUAGUAACGCUGGCUCCUUAGAAACCCUCGAUGGUGAAGAUUCUGCCGAAGAAGAUAUGGCCGAAGAAGAGAACUUCGAUGAAGAUGAAGACGAUGAUAUGGAAGAUGGAGAAGAUGGUGAAUAUGAAGCUGAAGACUUGAGUGUGAAUAACCGAACAAUGGAUGACAAACCUGGUGUCAUGGGAAUGGGAAAUUCCACCUCAAACUCGCUUGUCGGUGAGCUUAUGGACAAAUUUGGUCUGUCAAACAUUGCUCAGUACUCCGAAGCCUACAAACAGGCUCUCCAAGAAUCUGGCAAUGCCAUGAAGAUGCAGCUGAAUAACAAGGACUGUGAUAACAACAACAGCAGUUCGUCACUUCAAAAACUCAAUGGUCUACCUGCAGCCCUCCGACUUCGCGAAGAAUUCGCCAAGAGUAUGUUGCACUCUCCGAACCAUGGACACGCCCAAUCUCAGGUCGCUCCCUUGUUCAAUCCUUUUGAGAACCCCUUCGAAAUGUCAAAACGCAUGAAAAUGGAAAGUGCUGAAUGGUGGGGAAUGUCAGCACUUCACCGCAAUGAAUCCCUCUUCGAGAAUCUCAAAAUGAAACCUUUAUCAUCACUGGGCUCCAAUAGCUCACAACUUCUUCAAGGUCCCUUGGUCAAAAAAGAAAGCAAACGCAACGACACCUGUGAAUACUGCGGCAAAGUUUUCAAAAACUGUUCCAAUCUAACAGUCCACAGACGCAGUCACACCGGCGAAAAACCCUACAAAUGCGAACUCUGCUCGUACGCAUGCGCCCAAUCAUCCAAACUUACCCGACACAUGAAGACGCACGGUCGCACCGGCAAAGACGUCUAUCGAUGUCGUUUCUGUGAUAUGCCAUUUAGUGUUCCAUCAACGCUCGAAAAGCACAUGCGCAAAUGUGUGGUUAAUCAAGGCAAAGCUGCCGCAGUCAAUGCAUCGAAUCUCGUCCAAGCCGCCCAGCAUCCAUCGCCUUCGCCAUUAUCCUCCCAUCUGCCUCAAUUGCCAAUGAUAUCGAGCAGUGGUAGCGUUGGUGGUCUAACUGCCGAUGAUGAUUCUAGUGCGUCUGUAAUUAGUAAAGAAGGUGCAUGACUUUACCAGAAUUGGGUCGGCUAUCAUCAUCAUCAUCAUCAGCAACAGCAACAACAUCAUCUACAUCAUCAUCAUCACCACCAGAUGCCGCCCUCGUCACGUGUUAUGUCUCGCAUAUUCUAAGCAAUCC